GUUGUAGAUUAUCUACUAGCUGCCUUCCCUCACGAUUAGAAGGACGGGGAAGAGAGCAUUUUGUCCUCUCUUUUUUGAGAUCCCUUUCCACACUCCGCGUGCUCCGAGCAGUAAGGGAAUGGGGAGUCAACACAUUGGGAUUGGCGGUGCGAGACGAGAGGACACGACACAGGGUUCAAUCAGCCCAACUUUCAUAUGCCACGAGUCGGUGCCAGACGUGCCAGUAGUGACUGCUGUGCUUGUUGCUGUCACUGCUGUUGUUUCAUUGCCGCAGAUGGAGACGAGUGCUGAACAAGUGAGUGCAUCCAGGUUUAGCAUGAGACGGAGCUCGCUGAAGUUCUCACGUUCACAGCGGCCACUGGGGAUGUUGCCUUCUACUUCUCAGCGUAUUGUGCUGCUAUCCAUAUUAGUGUGCUUUGGCAGCAAUGUGGAAUACGUAUCCGGAUUUGCUUUCUCAUUUGGCCGCCAUCCGGGACCAGGCGACUGGGCCCAGCUUAGUACGGCCGCCCUUGACGGACCACUUCCGGUGCUUUCGCGUGCUUCAGCAUUCGCGACAUCUUGUGUGCCGAUCCCUCGUAAUAUGUCGCUGUGCCAAGGUCUUGAAUACUCAAAGAUGCGAUUGCCUAAUUUGCUAGAACACGAUACGAUCGACGAAGCCCUUGAACAGAGUGCCUCGUGGGUACAUCUUUACAAGUUGCGCUGUCACGCCGACACACAGAAGUUCCUUUGCUCCCUUUUUGCUCCAGUCUGUUUGGAAACGCCUAUAUUUCCAUGCCGCAGUCUAUGCGAAGCAGUUCGUGGUGCCUGCGAAAGUGCCAUGCUCAAGUAUGGUUACCCCUGGCCAGACAUGGUCAGCUGCGACAAGUUUCCUGAGGACGACAUGUGUGUCACCGCUGGAGAUCGCGAUGAUGGAGGUUCGGCAGCUUGUAGAGCGUGCGCUCAACCGGAGAAUUCCGAAAGCCUGUUGGACAACUUCUGUCGCGCCGAUUUCGUCAUUCGUGCUCGUUCUAGACGGGUGAAAGGAAGUUCUGUAUUGAAGACAAAAACAAGUCGAAUCUUUAAGCUGACCGAAAGCAUUAUAACGAAAAAAGACCUCAAGAGUCCGGAGUUUCGUAAUGCCAACAUGAGCGAUUGCUGUAGCAAUCUCGACAGGAAAGUCUCCAAACGAAACCCACAUCUCCUUAUAAUGGGCACCCGCGACGGUGAUGGAAACCUCGUGCCAACGUUUCUCAUGGAAUGGAAACGCGGAUCACCAUCAUUCAAAAAGUCAAUCAAAAUGAUGCAAAAGAUCAACUGUGCUCAUUCCGCGAUCGUUGAACACAACCCACUUGAUCCGGUUACUGCUCGUAAGAGUCUCUCUAAAACAAGUUCUAAGGACAGACAAUUUGUUCGAAAGAACAGUGAGGAAGACGAUGGAUCGGCCGAAGCCAGACGCCGAGAGAGUCCUCCAUCCUCUCCGAGGAUACAAUUCGACCUUUCCGAAAAUUUCCGACGCGAGAUGGAGCUACAUAAUAUUGCAGCUGAACAAGAAAGAGCUUACGAAGAACAGAUGAAGCAACGAGAGAAAGAGCGUAAACGCAAGGAGAACCGACGCCGAAAGGGAGAUCGUAGAGCUAAAGCAGGAAUGACAGCGCGCGCUGACGAGGCUGGAUCAGAAAAGGAACAGCAGUCAGUCCAAAAGGCUCCGAAGGGUCGAGGUCGCGAUCACAAACGAAAAACGACCACAAUCACGACAGCUGCACUCGAUACAGAGAAGACCGAUGAGCAGACGAAUGCACCGCCGCCAUCGGCAUUUACUGAUACGCCCCACCUGAAAGAAGGACACAAACCUAGCCAUGAUACACGUGAAAAUAGGCAUGUUCACAAGGACUCUUUGGGCGAGCUCGAAAUGGUUAUCGAUUCGGUUGAGCCACAUGGCCCGCUCAGGAUUGAAAAAAAGAUCCGUCAUGAAGAGACUAAGACCUACCACCACAAUGGCCGGGUCCACAUGCAUAAGCUUGAGGCAGUUGAGAACAAACCCCAUCACAGUGAACAUCAUGGCACAGAAGGAUACCGCCAUGUGCAAGAUCAUUACGAUCCCGUAGAGGAGAGUCAUGACUAUGAAUCGGCGAAAAAUAAGCAUAGCGAAGCUGUCACCGCCGUUGCCGCUGCCACUGUCCAUCAUCACAACCCGAGAAGUGAACAUGCAGUAGGCCUCACAAGCGAAUCGGCGACGAUUCACAUGCCAAGUGAGAAAAGCAUGAUUGAACUGGCUGGCGAAGAUCCCUCUAAUCGGCCAUUGCAUCGGCCGCAUCAUAGUGAAGACAACAAACCAUCAGUAAAAGUUGCCGAAGAAGGUGAGAUAGUUACGACCCAGAUGCUUGAUGAGGAACCUCGACGCACAUCACCCCAUCCAGCAGACCAUGAGGUACGUCACCGCGAUGAGCACGCGCAUCCUCAUCGUCAUGGGGGGCAUGAGCAGGACUCAGCGAGGUCGGAAUCUCUCCCUACAGCCGUGAAUGCCGAGUCGGAGUACGCGGGAACGGUAGCGCCUGUGAAGGAAGCUUUUCUGACCGUGCUGCCAAUAAUUCCCGAUGAAAUUAAGGAAAAAAUCGAUGACGUCACAAACGACGAUAGCACCGACACGUCUCAUAUCAAUGAGACGGACGAAUUAGCGCCGGCUGCAUUGGAUCAGCCAGCAACCGCUUCUCAUUCCGCUAUCCUCUCUUCAACAACAGCUCCGGCAAUGACGACGGCAUCAUCUACAACGGAAGGUCUAUCAGAUCCUGCUGGUGUAAAAACAAAGGAAGGCACGAAGCGAGGCCGAAAACGAAAAAACGGACGAAGGCGGCACCACAGGAAAAGGAAGGAUGAGGAAGAAGCUGGCACUCAGGACGAGUUCGAGUAGGCACUCAGGACAAGUACGAUGUGUUUGCAGAGAGUGCACGAAGGCGUACGACUAUUUAAAGGCUGGCGUCUUCGCAAAGAACAUAUCAACAUUGUACUACUAAUACCGUACGGGACCGCCAGUAAGGCAAUCGUUGAAUGAAUAGGCAUCAGUCUAUUGCUACUGAACUCGCUUUUCUAGACGAUGGUGAUAACAGAAUUGAUAAAAACAAUAAUAAUGGUCAGGAUGACAAGGAACGGAGAGCAGACAACGCAGAAAAACAGAGGCGCGACAAUAACACUUAAAGACGAGAAAAAAAGAGAUGAAAUACAAGAAUAUAGGAAGUGAGUAAUGAAGAGGAUCGUAAUGAGAGACAAGAGGACAGCAACUACCCAAAUGUAUACAGUAGCUAGAUGCCAAAUAAACGUGCAUUUACAUAGUGGAAUAGUGUUUUAUAUGAAAAUGCUCUGUGUAUGUGCACUGUGUAACAUAGUAUUUUGUCGCUGGAUGGAAGAUCUUGAGUUUAGACAUACAAGCUAAAUAUUCACAUAAUUGCAUGUAUACGUGGGUUGCUACUUCAGUGCCUACUCUUGGCUUAAUGUUAGUAGGAAAAAAAUGGCUCAAAAUUUCUAUAGCUCGUCUUCAAGCUUACAUAGGCCGAACAAUGAUACACGUUAGGCAAUUGUAUGAACCGAAUUUAGUUGUCGGACCAAAACCACAACGCCGGUACAACUCCGUCGAGAUAAAGGUGGACUACUUCGACUAUAAACUAAUUUACCUCUAUAUGCUCGUAAAAAUAUUAUCUAAUUUCGUGCACACUUUGGUUACCGACUAUGGAUCGAAAAGCUUUACCCUACAUCUGACGCAAGCGUAAGUACACUUCUAGCGUGCUUGUAAAGCAAACGAAAUUGAACCCAUUGUAGUUCACUUUCCUCUAAUGGUUCGCCUAGGUAUGCCGGUAAAAGAAUAACCAAUUUGGCCAAUAUAACGGAGAGAAAAGUACAUUUAUUCUCUGAAGCAACAGCAAAAAUGCCCCUUAAACCAGUCGGUAGAAGCUUUCCUGUAAGUUAGUUCAAAUUUGAAGACAAAUAUUACAAUAGCUUAGCGCUGACUUGGCCGUUCGAAAACUCCGGAAUAAGUACUAGCAGGGUCGACGUUUUUAAGGUAAGUGAGUACUUAUACCAACUGGAAGUGAAGACAGGUUAGCGCUAACUUCCGCUGGAGAUUUAGAGAGUUUGCUAAGAAAUAGGCAUACGCCAUUUCCAUGUCUCAUCUUCAUCGUGGCUCCCAACUAUAAAAUGAUACCGUUUCCUGGUUGAUAGGGGCUAAGAUGCCUAUGCUUGUCGCUACUUUCUAAAAAAACAACGACGCAUAUAGCGCAGCGCGUUCAAUACGUCCGCGCCGACGACUUAUAGCUAUAACCGUGUUUUUAUGCGCUCAUUUGGGUCUCUCAUUAAAAGGCAAGUGUAUUUAUGGUAUCUAAAAUAUGAGUUAUGUUAGACGCACAUUCGUAUAUGAGCAUUAAAAGAGAGUGAACAUGCGUUUAUAUAAUGUCGGGCAAAAGAAUAUACCUAUACACACCCAAAAAGGAUUAAAUUCUGUGUUUCCAUUUUCAUGAUUAGACAAAUACGCAUAUAUGUAAGUGCGCUUAUAGUCUUUAUAUACGUCGGCUUUUUGAAAAAGUGCGGGCUAACAACGUCAGAUAGUUCCUGUUGUGUAGUUGUACAUUUUGACGUCUAUAUAACGUAUUGCUGUUAGAGUAGGAUCAAAGCAUUCUAAGGCAUGAUGUAUUUAUUACU